UGCAGAGUAAGUCUCUCUAGUCUCGUGUCAUCACUGUCUUCUAGCAGGUCAUCACUCACUCGCUUACUCCCUUUUCGGUACGCACAGAACCCAACCCAUCUGCUUCCUCUCAUGGUUGGGUUUUAUUGGGUUUGGACUGCUGGUAGGAAACACGAUCCACUCACUUCCCACUUUUAAACCUCUAUCUCUCUCUCAUCCCUCUUCUUCCUUGAUUCUCAUCCACCUCUGCAAGUUUUAGUUAGCUGCUCAAGGGCCCCCUACAUGUCUUAUCUCCUGCUUGAGUUUCAAGAUUCUCUUGUCCUAUCCUUUUUUUUCCUUAGGUUUAAGUGAAGUUAAUCUUCUACUAAUGAUUUAAGCCAUUUAAAUCAUUUCCGAGUCUAAUGCUCAAUCAGUUGAUUAUGCAUUGUCAACAGGAUUGGAAAUUAGUGAAAUGGGUUGGUGGGUUUAGCACCCAAAACGUCAAUCAGAAGAAAAGAAAAGGACGGGACCUUAAACAUUAUGUAGCUGAUUGUUUCUUUGAUCAAGUUUGUUCUUGGAUUUAAGAUAAAUUUUUGAGAAAAAUUAGAGAGGAUAUUUCAUUACUAGAGAGAAAGAGACCUUGAAGAUUGUGAUGAUGAUGGUGGUUUAGGAAAGAGUGAUUAAGAGAAGAAAGGUGGUUUUGAGAUCAAGGGUCACAGUCAGAAUUAAUGGAACUAAGAGGCCAAGACAAGAACAUAGGCAUGCCAAGCUCAAAGGGUUGCAAUCCACUUCAACACAAUCAAGAUUCAUCUUCUUCUAUGCUGUCUUCUGCACCUAUCAUCUCCACUCUAGCUGAUAGAAAAGAAAACGAAACCGUCUGUGGAACUGAUAGAAAAGAAAACGAAACCGUCUGUGGAAGUGCAAUCCUCAGCCUUACCCAAACCCUAGAUCACGGUCAUCUUCAUCAACAUCAGCAUCAUCUGUUGAAUCAACCACCACCACCACCGCCACGGCCACCAUCGCCGCAGAGACAAGGAAGAGAUUCAAACCCAGAUCCAGAUCCAGAUCCAGCUCAGCUGGCAAAUGCAACAAUUGCUAGCCCAUCAAACUGCAAGACACCACAACGGCCACAACAACAACCACCACCACCACCACCACAACCAGCAACAGCUUCAUCAACCAAUAGCCUCAACCCGAUUCGAUACCGAGAAUGUCUCAAGAAUCAUGCGGCGACCAUGGGUGGGCACAUAGUCGAUGGAUGCGGAGAGUUUAUGCCAAGCGGAGAGGAAGGAGCCCCAGGAGCCCUACGAUGUGCAGCUUGUGAUUGCCAUCGGAACUUCCACCGGAGAGAGAUCGAUGGCGAGUCUCCAUCAAGGACUACUUGUUACUACACACACAACCCAAGCAGAAACAACAGUCAUAGGCAAAGAAUUACAAUCCAUCCAAUUCAACCUCCACCUUCGCAUCCUGCACUGCCUCCCAAUCAGCAUCCUCACCAUGGUUUGAUCACUACUCCGUCGACAGGUCCGAUGAUGAUGGCCUUUGGUGGGGGUGGUGGAGCUCCGGCGGAAUCCUCAAGCGAAGAUCUUAACAUGUAUCAGUCCAAUGCCGGAGCUCCACCGGUGGUGCAACCAUCUUUUUCGAUAUCUAAGAAAAGGUUUCGGACAAAAUUUACUUCGGAACAGAAGGAUCGGAUGCACGAGUUUGCAGAGAAAUUGGGAUGGAAGAUGCAGAAGCAAGAUGAACAAGAAGUCCAAAAUUUCUGUAAUGAAGUGGGUGUAAAGAGGCAAGUGUUCAAGGUUUGGAUGCACAACAAUAAACAAGCCAUGAAGAAGAAACAAUUGUAAGAGAAAGUGCCAACCCUUUUAAGGUAUUUUAUUUUUGGAGUUGCAUCACUAGAUUUUAGCUGUGAAUAAAGAUGAGAUAGAGAGGGCACAGCCUACUAAAAACAGCCAAUACAUCUCCAAAUUUAGGAGUCAUGUUUGUGAAAUCUCUGACUUAUAAUCUUGCAAUCAUGGUAUCUACUGGAGAUAUUACUUGUGCUCUUUCUCUUGGUGCAUCAACACUAUCAAGCUGUGAUUACUCCUUUUCUGACACACAUUGGGUCUUAAUCUACUGCCAUUAC